UCCUAUUAUACGUCAUCAGCGGCAAGCCCUUUGAGGACUGGGCAUGACGUUCGCCACGAAAACGAGGUUGGAUUCUCAACGAUGGCGACAGCUGAGACGCGAACAGAAGAGAAAGUCUCAGAAGAAAAAGUCUCAGAAGAAAAACCAGGGAGCAAUGACACACCAUUACCAAUGAAUUCAGGGGCAGCUGCACGAGAAGUCCCAGCAGAAGAAAAUGUGGACAUGGACACAAAAGAUGAAAAACCAGCUGGUAAUGCUGCUCAAGUAUCGGAUGAAACAAGUGUAAAAGCUCCUGUAGAACAAGAACAACCAAAUGUCAAGGCAGAAGUUGAGGAAGAGAGGCAGGGAGAAAUCCUGGCUUUCUAUGGUGAAGAAGAAACCCGUAAUUAUGACAGCCCAGAUCCAGGCCCUGCAGUGGAAAAAGAUGAAGGAUCCACCCAAGAAAAGCCAACAACUGAGGAGGUUAAGGAAGAGAAACCCAAAGAGGAAAUUCCAGAGGAAGAGCCACUCCCCGAAAACAUGGCCAAGUGUGAAUUCUGCCACUACAUUGGAAUAAGGGAAUCCUUUUUCUCAAAGUCCAAACGCUUUUGUAAAAUGGAGUGUGCGAAAAGAUACUCAUCUGCAUCCAAUAUUAAACAGAAGGCAAAAGGAGACAAGAUUGGGACUCCAAAAAAGAAACACAGAACUUCAGACAGACACCAUAAAGUUUCUUUAAAACUCGAUCUUCUUUCUAACCUAGUGACUGUUUUGUCCGAUACAGCAAAGUGUGAAUUCUGCUGCUACAUUGGAGUAAGGGAACACUUUUUCUCAAAGUCCAAACGAUUCUGUAAAAUGGAAUGUGCAAAAAGAUACUCUGCAUCGAAUAUUAAAAAGAAGUCGAAGGGAGAAAAGAUUGGAACUCCGAAAAAGAAGCACAGAACUUCGGAAAGACACGCAAACAAUACAAAUGCGGCGGCAGCUGCUGCUGCUGCUGCGUCGGCAACAUCGUCAGCUUCUACUGCAGCAGCAGCAGCGUCUGGUGUCCAAGAAAUGAGUCAAGAUGGGCAGCAGGAAGAAGCAGAACGUUCGGGAGCAAGUGCGACCCCUUUGUCUCGAGAAGAUGUUGGUGAAAACUGGCAGAAUCGUAGCUUUGACUGGACAGAAUACCUCAGAAAAACCGGAGCGAAAGCUGCCCCUACUCAUUAUUUUGAGCAUGUAAGUCUGAGUCCUUGUUUGAAAGGCGUACAUGUUGGCAUGAAAGUGGAAGUCGUAAACUGCAGUAUGGAUGUCGUAGACGAUACAGAUGUUGCUUUUUGGGUGGCGACCGUGAUUGAAAUCAAGCACUACAGAGUCAAAUUACGGUAUGAAGGGUACGAGGUAAACCCUGCUGGCGAUUUUUGGUUUGAUCUGAGGUCAAAGAACAUCCAUCCAGUUGGUUGGUGCGCCAAGAGAAAUAAACUGCUCAUACCGCCUCCAGCUAUCAGAGAGAAAUGCGCCAACUGGAGGGACUACCUCUUCAAAUGUCUCUCAGGAGCCAAGACUUUCUCGGUUGAAUUUCUUCAACAACUGCAAAGCCAAUCUUACAACAGAUUCCAGAAGGGCAUGAAGGUGGAAGUGGCCGAUCGUAAGAAUAUGUACUCCAUGUGCGUGGCGACCAUAGUUGAUGUGAUCGGAGACCGCCUGAGGAUGCGGUAUGACGGACUGGAUGACGAUGUGGCUGAAGACUUCUGGUGCCACUACCAAUCGGCUGAGAUUCAUCCUAUUGGCUGGUCAUCCUUGGUUGGACAUACUUUGCAGCCACCCAUUGGCUGGAAACACAGUCUCAGCAAGUGGAAUGAAUUCCUGGCGGAUGAUUUGGCAAACUCAUUAGAUGCACCUCAGGAAUUUUUUGUACAGGACUCUACGGGAACAGCCCCUGGCGUUCACCAGUUUAAAGUGGGCAUGAAAUUCGAGGCUAUCGACCCGUUCAACCCGAGUCAUGUGUGUGUAGUGACGGUGAUCAAGGUGCUGAGGUUCAAUUACUUCGUGCUUGGAGUCGAUUCUUUGGCGACUUACUUCGUGUGUCACGCUAACUCAAUUAACGUGUUCCCCUGCGGAUGGGCUAAGGCUCACGGGCUGCAGUUACACCCGCCCAGAGGUGAUUAUACCCAAGAGGCUUUUAGCUGGCCGGAAUAUCUUGCCAAGACGGGUGGCAUCGAAGCCCCACCUCAGCUCUUUCGACAGGAGCAAAGGGGUGAAAACAAUUUUAAAAUUGGAACCAAACUUGAAGCAGUGGAUCUGCGCGAACCCGCCCUCAUCUGCCCUGCAACAGUAACAGACCUCAAGGGACCCUUGCUGAGAAUCCAUUUUGACGGCUGGGACGAGUCCUACGAUCAGCUGGUGGAUAAAGAUUCGUUGGAUAUUUUUCCUGUCAGUUACUGCACCUCUGUUGAUCAUCCCCUGCAACCUCCAGGACCAAUGCCUGAUAAAUUCGUCGAACGUUACGGUCCAGUUACGGAUGUCGGCCGUCAAUCAGUGCCCAGACCCCUGAGUAGGCCUGUCAAAAGACGAACAUCCGCUGACGACGAUGGGCAAAAGAAAAAAACCAAAUCGCUCUACCCCCAGGAGGAGGUAUACCUGAACAAGCGCUGUUUCCCAGGACCGCUCUUGAGCCGUGACUUAGUGCGCAGUCUCCCUGAUGCAGUCAGAGGCUCCGUGGUAGGACCUGAGAAGCACAACAUUAUGCGACUGUGUAUGCAGCACUUGGUCUCCGCGUCUAUCAAUCCCAAACAGGUCCUGGAGUUGUUUAGCCGCGAGUUUUAUCAGAGCAAGAAAAACAGAGAAUUCCAACUUGGUGGAACAGUGUGCAUUGAGACUAAGAGCAAGAAUGGCAAGCGGCUCAUGAGGCGUGUCCGCGUUGUGAAUAAAGCGGAACAUCUUCAGCCGUAUCUGCAGCGAGUCUGUCAAGUGCUGGGGUGCUGCUCGGAGCUUGUCAGUGCUACGCGCUACGCUCUCGGCUCCUGCAAUCAGAGCAGCUGUCUGAAAGGGAAAGACAAUGGUGUGACAUCGUCAAGCGAUGGCCGCGCCCUCCAAGAAACAACCCUUGAUGUUCCGCACCCACCCAUCGCCCCACCCAGGAUGAAAGGCCAUCACGACUCAGCUGUUUGGCUACAGCCCCUGGAGAGAGAAUCUUCACACGACUCGAUGGUGUCGUCCACGAGUAACCUUCCCUCUUCGUCCGCAGCGCAAGAGUCAGACGCAGCGUCAGUUCUGUUGUACCAGAGCUGUAACAGCGGAAAAGAUCCCCGGCUGUGGAACGUGCAGGAGGUGAUGAGCUUCUUGUUCUCCAUCGGCUGUUCGAAUUACGUGGAUGCUUUUGAGAAACAGGAGAUUGAUGGUCGCGCACUUUUGUUAUUGACGCAAGAAGAUAUGGAAAAGCUAACUGAAAACAAACUCGGCCCUAUGACGAAAAUCCAGAGCGCAGUCAAGGCUCUUAAACAAGCGUGGGGCAUUUGAAAAUAUGAAUCAAAAUUAUAUCGUAAACACUACAGUUUUUAUUUCAAAUUUAAUGUAAUCGCAGUCUCCUGAGUGGGAACGUUUUUGUAGUAAUAUUUUAAUGCGUUUUUUCUACUUUGACCCUACAGUCUCAACGCCAACAGGCAAACUCUCUCAACUGGCUGGCAUAGAUAAAUAUAUUCCCUGUUUUCGAAAACGUUGCAAUUUGAAAAACAUAUAGAAAUAUAUACACCUUUUGUUUUGAGAAAACAAAAGGUACAUAUAUUUCAUGUAUAUUUUCAAAUUGCAACGCUUAAGGGAACGUGUGUGUGUAUACAUAUAUAUACAUACAUGUGCAUAUAUAUAUAUAUAUAUAUAUAUACUACAAGCUGGAGGAGGGUGCAUUUUUAUCAAAACGGUUUCUCCUCAGUGAUGAUUUUGGUUUUCUCGUUUCCUCCAUGCUCGAUAAUUAGUGAGAUUUUGAGGAGAAGCUCUGUUUUGAUAAUUGUUGGGGCUCAGUAGGGUUGAGGUUCGGUAAUGUAGGAGGCCACCCUGACAGUGAUAUAAACACAGGGUGGAAUCAAAAGAUAACAGUUAUAGGAUCGGGAACAAUCAACAGCCACUUUUUAAGGGGUGCUGUCUUUCAUUUCAUAGUGACUUUAGGGACAGAAAUUUUCAUGAUUUAAGUACGCAUUGAACUCUAUAGCUGACAGAAACUCUUUCAAAUGAUUUUGAGCAGUCACAUUACGGUUUCAGCUUCUUGAAAGGUUUCGACUGAAUUCGUUUGAGUUCGUUAUUUGCAAUCCUUUUACAUCUUCACCAUCUUUAGCCAAUCGUGUUCCAAGUUGGCUCCUUAUUGUUUCUGUUGAGUUUGUCUUUCUUACCAAACAUGUAUUUUGUGCCUUCAGACGGAGGGUUUCUUUUUUGUCGUUUUAUUUUUCAGAGCGCAGAACAUCACUCCAAAUUUUCCCGCCGAAUAGCCACCAAACCAAUCAGAUUCAACAUCAGAGCUAACUGCGACUCAGCAAACCGCGUUUCCCGCGCAAAGCCAGUUACGUUUUCUUCUCAUUGGCUCGUAGUGAUCUGUUCCUUCACUGCUAUUGGCCGUUAAAUCAGUGUGAUUUUGGUUUUACGACACUCAAUUGAAAACGCUCUAUAUUCAGUUUUUGUUUUUUUUUUUAUCAUUAAUUUUUAUUUUAAUUCCUCAGCAUUUUUAAGACAUUUGUACUCAAAAUGAUAUUUCAUAUCCUUUGCUCAGUUGAGACUUGGUAGAUGUUCUGUCAGAUAUCACGAGAGAAUUUUGCGCGCUUUUUUUCAUGACCUUUCCUUAAGGCAGAAGUCAGCGCCCGAAUGAAAAAGUGGUUGACCAUGUAAUCGUUUUUAAUAACUCCCGAUGUAGGUCACUCCCAUGUAGUCUCAAAGCUUUAUUUAUGCCGAAGUUGUUAGAUAGCGUAUUUGUUUAAUUCAAAACGGUCAUGCGGCGACCCCCGUGUGUCACUAAAUUUUCUAUAGUUGUUUAUAGUCGGUAGUCAAAUCAUUUAGUUAAAAUAUUUUAACGAGAUUUUUCCGAAGCUGAUAGACGUAGGGUCAAUAGCACACGCGAGUUCUCAAUAUCACCCGCCACUCAAUUUAUUGCAUGAACAGUAAAAUGGUUUUUCUAAUCAUGAAGUAUGUUAUUGAAUAAUCCAUGUCCGAGUCUGAGCAACUACACACCUACCCCUCACUUAACUUGACAACGGUCAACUGAUAGCAAGUUAAUGUUAAUGUAGGGUUCGGGGAGGGGUGGGUGGGUGGGUGCGCAUGUGCCCAGAUACUGACGUGGAUCCAUAAUGUAAUCACUCUCAAAUGGUUUUACUACUUCCGGAAAAUUAUACUCACCAGAGAAACUUGCUACAAACUAUAUGCUACUUGGGUUUUGUGAGACCUUUGAUUCGAAUUAGUGGGAAAGUUAUUUUAGAAUUAGUUUCGUUGGCGUGCAUUUUACACUUAGAGCCAGCCCCUUUAUUUCACCAAACUGAUGGUUAAUAAACCUCCUUACCCUCUUCUUUUUAAGUAUAUUGUUGGUUUUGUGUAGAAUUUAAAUUUCAGCUUUUCUUCGUUCGUCAAUAUUGCAUCUUCUACUAACUUGUGCACGUACAAUUGAGUGUAGACUAUGUCCGCGAAACAAUCCAAAUCAAAGCAAUAGUUAAAAUAUCCAGUGGAGAGCCUGUUUCUUGAUAAAUUAUUGUAUUGUAUACUGCCUUAAUUUGCGAAUAUCUACCUUUUAAUGGUUCAAUGGUAUGUCUAAAGGUCUGAAUUAAAAUUUCAUUAAUGGAA